CGUCACCGAAAUCGCUGAUAUCAAUUUUUUCUCUCUUCCAUCCCAGCCCAACCCAGUCCCUGCUUUGAUCCCCUUGUCUUAACGAUGGAUUUUCCGACCGGUGCUGGUGCAACAGGCGGCCCAAUCUCUCCAGAGGCUUGGAAACGCGCCGUCUACCGAAGUGCACCUCCCCGUUUCUAUGUGGAGCUACUUCUACCUGAAAAGCAAGGUGGUAGCCAUAGCUACGGCCUUCGAGUAUCCCCAAUCAAGGAUGACGGAGCCUCCAUUUCCACGCGCAACAGCGGUUCUCGUGGAUACGUAAUCUGGAGAAGGUGGGAGGACUGUCUGCAAUUUCAGGAGACCCUCGAAGUUGCAUAUUCGCGUAUGGCAAGGGAGAAACGAAACCGCCUCGCUGCCGGCAAGGGUAUUAAGAAAAACGGCAUUUACAUGCAUGGGGACCAAGCCGCUUCAUUCGAAUCUCUUCCACCAGGUCCAGACCCACACUCGGUGGCACAGGACAUUCACCAGUACAUACCAAAGUUGACGAAGAAGGCGACCAUUUUUCGUGCCAGCCAGGCCACUAUUCAACAGCGACAAUCAGAAUUCAAAGCAAUGAUCUCCGCGUUCUUCGAUGAGGACAUACCGGCUCUCAUUAGGGAGUUGAGAGAAACCCGUACUUUCACGGAUUUCUUUGGUUACUGGAGAAGGGAUUACGACCUGGCAAGAAGACAGGGCAAGGAUCCCGACUCGAUGACAAUUGGUUCAGUGUCGGUGUACUUUUCCGCCUCUAGCCCGUCCCUUCCGGAUUUCUUUCAUUCUCCAAGUAAAAAGGCAUCACCGCAGAAAUCCGCUCGGCGGUCCUCUAUCGUUUCUGAGUCCUCCUCCUCUGGAAGUUCCGUCAAUGUACCGGCGCUCCGCAGGACUGUGGCUCAUGCGCAAUCCUCAGAGAGCAUCCCGUGGUCCAAUUCUUCGUCUAACAAUUCUCCUACGUCACCCUCUUUGCCGUCGACGCCGACCUCUCCCCCUCGCCACCUUUCUUCAACUUCCCGUCAGACCGUAGUUGCUGCUCAAGACGUACCAAUUAGGUUUGGACAUAUGCCAGAGGCAGUUGUCCCAGAAAGGCCGACAUCGUUGUUGGAAUCUUUGCCAGAAGACCGUGAACUAUCUUCAGGACCUGUUGGUAAAUCAGGUGAACAGAGUUCACGUCCGCGGAGGAGGGCUGAGUCUACUACCGGGGCCCACCGCAAUGCGAGGAUAUACGGAUCGCUCCCGCUCUCUCGUGGCUUUGACGCUUUAUCUGAGUCCGGGGAGCAACAGCGGUCUGGCAGUCAUUCGCCUACAAACGGAUACCCAAGAAAUUCGUGGCAGACGACGCACUCUACGGCGACAUCCCGGGCGACGACGUAUCUUGAGGAGCUCGGCGUCGACUAUACACUACCCACUCCUAACCCAGAAAGCAAGCACCGUCCAAGAGCUUCGAUGUGUAGCGUGGCAUCUUCAGUCAUGCCAGGAUCGGGUGUGGAUGCUGUGAUGCCCCGUUCUCCACGCCGUGCUUCCGUUGAUCGCCGGAAGAUGAUAUCAUAUCCCGGGGGCGACUUCAUCCUCGCAGACGACGAGCCGUGGGUAGACCAUGACGAGCCUGAUGAAGGGGAUGAUUUUCUCGACGCUUAUUUCUACGAUUCAAUUCCACAGUCCCCAUUUCCGAGCGAUGUUGUCGAUACACCUAGAGGUGAUGUGUUCGGACUCUCUCAGAGUGUCCCUUACAGGCGCUCUGGUAGACGCUCUUCAUUAUCGCAUUCUGUCUCUAGCCACUCGACCGCGUCGAGUCACGAGGGGACGGUCCUUUCCAUCAAGGCGGUACACGAAGAGAGCAUAAUAAUGCUGCGCGUGCCGCGUGUAUUACCAUUUACAGACCUUCGCAAGAGGAUUUACGACAAAUUCGUCCAACAGGAGCGGUCUCCUAUUUCCCAAUCCUUCGCUAUCGCAGUCUUGGUGCAAUCUACCAUAGAACGAGGAUUCCAACGCCCGGAAUCGGUAUCGUCGGCUGACAGCAAGAAAGCCGCCCUUGAUUUCGUGGCAUCCCAGGAAGAGUGGGAUCAAGCCGUCAUGCGAUAUGGGACUAAGUUAUUCCUGCGUAUCAUAGGAAGCAGGGAGUAAUUACCAUAAUCAACUCUUAUGCCUCCUGCGCAUUUCAGUGUGCGUAGCUAGGUUUUUCGUCUUCUGCGGCACAACUAUUUUUUUCUUUUCGCAUUUCCACGAUUUGUUAUAUUUUUUUUAGUUUGCUUGUGUCUUUUUCGAUUGACACAUUGACACGUUCUUUUUUUUUUUUUUUCCCACUAUAAGGCGGAUUUUUCGUGGGUGGAUCUGUAGCUACAGUAUCCGUGUAUGUACAAAGAAACCAUGUGCAUACCAAAGCCCUUUGGGCGCUCCUGGAUGCAUAUGAAUAAAGCACGCAAUCAAAUUCCUAAGUAUAAGUAUUUCUAAUUAUUAUGUAAUUGGGUUGGUCCGUACGUUAGGGGAGACGGAGUAGGAAUGUCAGUGCUCAAGCCACAAAAUAGUUUUUGUUACUA